GCCACUGGCUGGUCAGUCAACAGCAGCAGCCGAUCGGUUCAGUUCGGUUCAGCGGCUCCAGGGCGACUUCAGUGCUCAACUUUAGUUGUGUAAGUCCUUAACUUUCGCCCAGCUGUUUAAAAACGCCAAAGCUCGGCACCGCUGCAGCGCUGUGAUUCUGAAGCUGUGUGUGGACGACAGGAACAGGGUUUUUAGGGCCCGAUGACAAAAUGAGGCUGUGAAGGUUUCUCUCAGCAUACAGUCAUGACAGAUAUGAGCAUGGCCACUGCCAAGAAAGUUUCCUCUAAAGCGGGAGGCGUUCGUUUUGCUGAGGAGAAUGCUGCUGCUGCUGCCGCCGCCGCCACCGCUCACUCUCAUGUACACUUUGACGAGAAAUUGCACGACUCUGUUGUCAUGGUGAUUCCGGAGUCAGAUGGAAACUUCCUGGUUAAGGUGGGCUUUCUGAAAACACAGCACAAGUAUGAGAUCAUUUUCACACUGCCAGAGGUUCCAGCACUUGGGAAAGACGUGUGUCCUGCUCCAGUGCCCAACCCUUACCUCCACAUAAAAGAGAUUACACCAGCCCCUGAUGGGGGGCUGAAGGUGACGUGUGAGUAUAUGGCUCACCAGGAGGGGGUGCUGUGCGAGGAGAUGCUGAUAGUCAGCGAGAGCAAAGAGGAUGUGUGCCUAAAAGUCAAAGUUCAUGCCCGUGUAAUGGAUCGACACCACGGGACCCCGAUGUUGCUAGAAGGGGUGCGGUGCAUUGGAGCUGAACUUGAGUACGACUCAGAGCAAAGUGAUUGGCAAGGAUUUGACUAAUCAUGUAACUUUAAACUUCAUCAGUUCAGCAUAUCUGUAAUGUAGAAGUGGGCCUGGAACAUUUUUUUUUGUUCUGAAAUCUGCCCAAAAAUCAGGAGCACUCAGCCCAGUGUUUCCUAAUCCUGGUCCAGGAGGCACUCUGCACUGCACAUUUUAUUACCUGCUCUAACACUCCCUCUGCACCUCGGAAUAUAUAUAUAUAUAUAUAUAUAUAUAUAUAUAUAUAUAUAUAUAUAUAUAUAUAUAUAUAUAUAUAUAGCCUCAGCCAGCAGGGUCAGAGGGAAAGGGCAGUAAUUCUGUUACAAUACAUCAGCUCACAGACGACUUGUGCUGCGGCAUCACCCUUUGGAGUGAUGUGGGAAGAGAGCGAGGCCAAUUGUGCUCUCUCAUGGCUUCGGUAGCCAAUAGCAAACUACAAUACUUGUUAAUAAGGUAAUUAGAUUAUUAGUGUCUCCAGGACCAGGAGUGAGAAACAUGGCCUUAGUCUAACUCUACUUUCGCUUCCUUUGUCCACAUAUUUUGGAAAAAAAUUCAGGAGAUUGUUAAAGCAUGUUAUGAAGCCAGUAAUAUUUUUUUCUUUUUUUAAUUGACAAUGGAAUCAAUAGCAUAUGGUUGUGAGAGUGUAUGUGUGUUUGUGUGCAAGUGUGUGUGCGUGUAUAUAAAUAUAUAUAUGUACGAGGCAAUAAUCAAAUACUAUGUCCUCUUUUUAAAUUUGAUAAGGUUGAAUAUUUGUCUGUUGAAUCAAAGCUGAGAACAAAUGUGCUAUUAUUUUAUUGUGUGCUUGUUCCUGUGCUUGCAGAGUUUGCUGGCUGAUUUGGACUGUUGUACUGUUUUGUAUGUAAGUUUAAUUGCUUUUUGUCAUUACCACCAGAGGACGUAUGGACUUGAUGUGAAUUAUCAAGUUCUCUUCAGGUCCAGUAGGGGUCAGUGUUGACCAAAAAAUUGGCUUUUUUUGCUGACUGUAGCCAUAAGAGCGUUUCAGACAACAAUCACUUAAAUCAGCAGCAGGGACACAACAGGUCUUCUGGCCUAAUAUAGAGACUGUGAAUGUGAACAUGAACAUAUUCUUUUCUAUUUCUUUUCAGGAACUUAUUGUACUUAAUAUAUACUGGUGUAUAUGUGUGUGUGUGUGUGUGUAUAUAUAUAUAUACACACAUAUACAUACAGUACAGGCCAAAAGUUUGGACACACCUUCUCUUUUUUCAAUGCGUUUUCUUUAUUUCUUUACUUCUUAUUCCUUUAUUUUCAUGACUGUUUACAUUGUAGAUUCUCACUGAAGGCAUCAAAACUGAAUGAAUGAACACGUGGAGUUUUAUGUUCUUAACAAAAAAAGGUGAAAUAACUAUAGAAAAAUAUAUAUAUAUUUUUCUAGUUUCUUCAAAAUAGCCACCCUUUCUCUGAUUACUGCUUUACACACUCUUGGAAUUUUCUCAAUGAAAUUCAAGACGUUUGAUUCAAAAAUGGUUUUCCAACAGUCUUGGAGGAGUUUCCAGAGGUGUUUAGCACUUGUUGGCCCCGUCAUUUUUUGUUAAGUACAUAAAACUCCACGUGUUCAUUCAUAGUUUUGAUGCCUUCAGUGAGAAUCUAUAAUACUGUGUAUAUUUAAGUCAAAUGCUUCUGAUUAUCAAAUUAAAUGCAACAAAACAUGGGAUGUUUCCAGUGUCAAUAAAAGGUCAAUAUUAAUAGGUUUAUAAAAAAUACACAAACCCUUUUGUCUUUAUACCCCAUUAUUAUCCAUAUGGUGCACUUCAAGGGCUGUCCUAAUUAUGUUUAUUUCAAGUUUGUGGCUUUUGUUCAUUUGAAUGAAUAUGCCUAAGUGCCUAAGCCAUCGUCCUCUUCACUCUCCCUACUCCUCUCCUGAUAACAGCAUCUCUUGCUCACCAGUUAAAGUGGAAUGUCUGAAGCCUUACUGAAGCCUAGUAAUGUAAAAGCCGUGUUUCCAUUUUAACGGUAGUAUGAUUAUCUUGACUGUGAAGCGAAGUUACUUGUGUGAGACGAUUCUUCACAGGUAGUUGCUCCAAAGCGCCUGUGAUCCGAGGCCUCUGUGGAUGCUAAUUUUGGUGGAAUGCAAUGGUUUCGGUACAAACAGAUUUGAUUUGCUUGUCACACGUUUUCUGUCUGGGUCUGUUGCGAAUACAUAUCCUUGUCCUUGAAUGCUGUCUGCUGGCCUUUUCUAAAUAAAAUAAAGAUGACUGUUGACUGUA